AUGAGAACUGAUACGAUAGACAACAACAACACGAAAUCUAGUGCCCCCCUCCUAGCAAACCGAUACCCAAGGAUGGUCACCAAAGAUGGACACAGUACAUUCCAUAUGGAUGGAGCUCAAGGAAAAGGUCUGGCUUACUUGAGAGAUGCCUGGGGAAUACUAAUGGACAUGCGCUGGCGAUGGAUGAUGCUGGUUUUUUCAGCUUCUUUUGUCCUCCACUGGUUAGUCUUUGCAGUGCUUUGGUACCUACUGGCAGAGAUGAAUGGGGACCUGGAACUGGACCAUGAUGCCCCACCUGACAACCACACCAUUUGCGUUAAGUACAUCACCAGCUUUACAGCUGCUUUCUCUUUCUCACUGGAAACGCAACUCACUAUUGGCUAUGGCACCAUGUUCCCAAGUGGGGACUGUCCUAGUGCUAUUGCCUUACUUGCCAUACAGAUGGUCCUGGGGCUCAUGUUAGAGGCCUUCAUCACAGGUGCUUUUGUGGCAAAGAUCGCCCGUCCAAAGAAUCGAGCAUUCUCCAUCCGUUUUACUCAUUCUGCAGUAGUGGCGCACACAGAAGGCAAGCCAUACCUUAUGUUCCAGGUGGCUAAUACUCGCCCCAGUCCACUCACCAGCGUUCGGGUCUCUGCUAUUGUUUACCAAGAAACAGAUAAUGGUCAGCUGCAUCAAACCAGUGUUGAUUUCCAUCUGGACAGUAUCACAUCUGAAGAAUGUCCAUUCUUCACCUUUCCACUGACCUAUCAUCAUUCCAUCACUCCAUCGAGUCCUCUAGCUGGUCUCCUCCAGCGGGAAGCUCCUCACCAUUUUGAGCUAGUGAUCUUCCUCUCAGCCAUGCAGGAAGGCACAGGAGAAACAUGUCAAAGGAGGACAUCCUAUCUCCCCUCAGAGAUCAUCAUGCACCACUGCUUUGCCUCCAUGCUAGCACGAGGAACCAAAGGGGAAUAUCAGAUCAAGAUGGAGAAUUUUGACAAGACUAUUCCAGAGUUCCCACCUGCAGCAGACUCUAAGAACCCAAAAAGGACUGACCAGGAAAUCCGCAUCAAUGGACAACUUACUGAGAGCUUCCAGAUCUGUGAGACUGGUCUAACAGAAUAGACUA